AUGUCGCUCUUCCAAGCCCGUGAGUGGUGGCGUGUGGAGCAGGCGUCCCACGAGGGGGAAGAGUUCAGCUUUGACGCCCUCUGCGUGGCAGCACUCAACGAGGGCCAGGUGGUCACCGGAUCACUGAGUGGCAUGCUACGGGUGUAUGGGCCAAAGUCGCGCGAGUACUCGUCGGGACAUCUGCUGCUGGAGAAGGCCCUGCACGCUCCGGUGCUGGCUAUCGAGGCUGGGAGGUUUGUGAGAGGCUCACAUGCUCUCGUGCUUGCUGUUCUUCAUCCAAAGUCGCUCGUCAUCUACGCUCUCUCUCGUCACGGAUCAUCAGACCUCGAUGCCUACUACUCUCUGGACGAGGUCUACGCCCAUGAUCUGGGUCGUCCUGCUGCUGCCAUGACCUACGGUCCGUUUGGUGGCGCUCGCGGUAAGGAUUCGAUUGUGGUCCUCACCCUCGAUGGCCAGCUGGCGUUCUUUGAUCAGGACGCCUUUGCCUUUGCCGCCUUUCUCCCGCGCUUCCUCCUCCCAGGCCCGCUGUUGUACAUCUCGCUGACAGACACGCUUGUUGUCGGCACGUCCGAGUUCUCGCUUGAAGCCUACACCUACGCCUCACUGGCCACAAAGUCAGCCUCGCAGCAGCCCGGGAGCAAGCCUGCCGGCGACGACGGCACCAGCGCCGGCGGCGGCGGUGAUGGCGCCAGUGGCGGCGACGACGGCGACGACCUCGACGCCGCCCGCGGCAAGCGGCUCGUCCCGUCAUGGACCCUUAACCUUGGCCAGCCUGCGGUACAGCUGGCACUCGCUCGCUUUUCACCCUCGCUCUCUGCGGCCCAGUCAGAUGUGCUGGUCCUCGGCGUCAGCUCGCUGUUCUGUGUCUCGGAGCGCGGCGAGUUGCGAUCGGAGCGGCGGCUCCCGCUCCAGCCGCUGUGCAUGUAUCCGUACCCAGUUGGUCCGGAGAAGCACAACCUGCUCCUUGCGUCGGCUUCAGGCAUGCUUACUGUGCUCUCGGGCGAGUCGGUGGUGUGGGCGACCAAGGUGCUCGAGCCUGCGGUGGCUCUGGCGGUCGGCACCUUUGGCGGCCUCCGCGGGCUUAUUGUCACCCUCUCCGCCGACGGUGCGCUCACUCUCUCGUACCUUGGCACCGACCCGUCGCUCUCGGUCAUUCCAGGCGCGUCGCUGCCCAAGGACGCCGACUUUGCCGCCAUGGAGCGGGAGAUGCGCAAGCUCAACGCGACCGUCUCCAAAGCCUCGGUGGCACUGGCGGCGUCGGCGCCGGCCACCGACGGUGUCUCGACCGGGAGCGAGCCGGUGGCGACGGCCGCGCUCCCCACCAUCGCUGUCUCUGCAGCCUUCAAGCUCCUUCCCGCGUCGGCGUCGGCUGAGGGCUCGUCGUCGGCCGUUGUUGAGCUCACGCUGACGCCGCGCAACGCCCGCAAAAAGGCCCGCGACAUCGACGUGCGGCUCACGUAUCCGCCGCCGUUCCGCGCCUCGCACACCGCGUUUUCGCUUCCGGUCCUCGCGCCGGGCGAGACCUACACCUACUCGCUGGUGGUGGAGGCCGACCACGGCCUGCUGCCGUCGUCCAUGCGGGUCCAGGUCGCCAUCUCGUAUGUGGUCGGCAAGCGGGCCGAGCCGCGGUCGGCGGUCAGCUCGUUUGCGCUCCCGUUGGCGCUCCUGGGCCGCGCUGUCGCGCCCAUCCAGGCCUCGCUGCACAAGUACACGCUCGCAACGCCCGACGCCGACCCGCUCGACGUCGGCCGCCUCUACCCGCUCCUCUAUGAGCUCGCCGAGCUGGAGAUGCCCGAGUACGGCUCUCCAGCCGCCGGUGUUCUCACCUUUCAGCUGUGGGCCUCGUCGGCGUCGACGCUCUCGGCCGACGAGUCGUUUGUCACCAUCUUGGUCUCCAACAAGGAGGGCAAGUACCGGCUUGUGGCCAACAACCUCCGCUGCUGGGCCUGGGGCAAGAUGCCGCUUGCGCCGCUGUUCAAGGCCCUCGACACCCGCUUUGCCACCCGCAAGGCCCUGCAGGACCUCCGCGCCUCGCUCGCCUCCCAGUCGGAGCAGCUCCGUGGCAUCCAGAAGCGACUCCUCACAAGAUUCACUGCCCGCAACCCGGAGCCGCUCAACUCGCUCGACACUCUCUUUGACGCUGCCUACCAGCAGGUUCUUGAGACUGGGAGCCAGGUCGAGAACCUUGCCCGGGCGCUCCGGCUGGCCACCGCCUCAGUCGCCGCCCUCAUGCGCCUCCUCAUCCUCCUCCUCCGCUACUCGUGCUCCCUCCCGGCCGACCAGCACCAGCGCCUUGUCUCGCUCCUCGUCCCGCCGCCCACCGAGGGCGUCGCCGCCCUCGAGUCCAACAUCGAGUGGGAGGAGAUGCUCGACGCCGGCCUCCGCCACUUUGUCUCGACCUCGCUCGCCUCAUCGCUCGCGCAGGCCCAGCAGGGAACCAUCUCGCUCGCCCCGCUCACCUCGCUCGACGGCAUCCGGACCAACAUCGAGCUGCUCGUCACCCGCCUCGCCGACGGCGUCUCACUGCAAUGA